AGAUGAAUGUAGAAAACGUAUUAAAGAUAUUUCAAAGCUAAUUUAAUCAGUGAUUAUUCCAAUAUUUAAAUUGAUAAUACCCCAGUUUUUUUGCUCUGAGGGUUCAUUUAAACCUCAGCCUGGAGGAGGCGCUGCUGGCGACUCUCCUGACUUUCUUUUUCUCCUCUCAGUACGAUGAGUAAAUGUGAUGCAGGCUUGAACAAGUGGGGGCGCGUCAUCUUUUGCAGAGGAGGGAGGCCACCUUCCUCACCCGACGCAACGGGACGCGCCACGUUCAUGUGAGAGGCUCAGUUUCCUCCAUCCCUCCAUCCAUCCCUCCAUCCUGGAUGGUGCACACACACAUUCCUCUUUCUCCAUCCAUGGAGGAGCAGUGAGGUCGGGAUCCACCGGGCUGCAGCCGGGGAUAGACGCAGCUCUCCACACCGACGGGGAAGCACCCAGGCCGGGGGAAGGAAGAAGAAGGACUCGUCUGCAAAAUGGUCGGUGUUUGUGGAUCAGGAGGCGGCUGCAGUUGCCAUCAUGUGAGCGCGGACGAGGCGCGUAAAGCCGCCGGGGAUGAUGAUAAAACCAUGCACCUGGGCAGUGUUCCAUAGCCUCCCCUGCCCCACGCCUCCCACCUGAUCACCUCUUCUCCACCAUCUCUCCUCUUUACCUCCAUCUUCCUCACCUCCCUCCCUCUCCUCGCCAUGUCGACCACCCUGGAUCCGCUGCUGGACCAGCCCUUCCAGAAGCUGAGCCCCGAGCUGCUCGAUGGCUGCGAGGACACCGCCGGCCGCUACAAGGUGGUCCCCUGUGUUGUCUGCUCAAUGUGCUGUCUUUUCGGCAUCAUUUACUGCUUCUUUGGCUAUCGCUGCUUCAAAGCCGUGAUGUUCCUGACGGGCCUGAUGUUCGGCUCUGUCGUCAUCUUCAUGCUCUGCUACAAGGAGCGCGUGCUGGACACCCAGCUGAGCGUGGAGGCCUCGGUGGGCAUCGGCCUGGGCAUCGGCACGCUCUGCGGCCUGGUCACCAUGCUGGUCCGCAGCGUAGGCCUCUUUAUGGUGGGCCUGCUGCUGGGCUUGCUGGUAGCUGUGGCCACCCUGGUGGGCCUGGAGGAGCUGUCCGACAGCCCGCCGCGUUCCGUCUGGGUGCCCCUUGGCGUGCUGCUUGGCCUGGGCAUGCUGUUCGCCGUGCUCACCCUGCAGUGGCAGCGUCUCUUUACCACGCUGUCGACCGCGAUGUUCGGUGCAGCAGUGAUCACGGUGGCGUUGGACUACUUCGUAGAGCUCUUCGCCCUGGUGCUGUACAUGUACGAGCGGCUGAAAGCAGCACCUGGCAAACCUGUGUGCUGGCUGACGUGGGUGGUGCUCGGGGUGUGGCCUGCCCUCACCCUGCUGGGUGUCAUGGUCCAGUGGAAGGUGACUGCUGAGGGAUACUCCCAUACCAAGGUGAUCAUCAGCCGGCAGCAGAGGAGGAUGCAGGUGAUGCGGAUUCGUCAGCGCGACGACCGCUACCGCAGCAAGAAGAAGAAGAAGCAGCAGCACGGUGCCGCCUCCCACCAUCAAAACCCGGCCAAACAAGUCACUGAGCCCGCCUACCGCCGCAAGCCAAACCCCAUCCGCCGCUACGACACGGACGCCCUCUCGCCGAGCUACAUCCAGAGUUUCCGAGACCGGCAGGUGCAGGCGCAGCCCUUCCCGGGACGGCUGGUUAUUGGACCCCAUGCCGUGGUGGACGUGGGCUACGACCUCAGCUCCACGACACCCCUCAGCGGAGCAGCGGGACCCUCGCUCAGGGUCUGACCACUUCUCCGACUCACAGCGGCCUGAACACACCACGAACCAGGGAGACGUAUGACUCUAAAAUCACCACCCACCUGGGGGUAAUCACGAACCACCACUAGGUUUAAAUGCAAAUAUUCUGGGCUAAAUACAAUCUGGGUUUAGCCUCACUCUUAAUAGGAUGAAGAUAUGUUUAGGGCUGGAUUUCCCCCCAAAUGUGAACAUAUUUGACUCUUUAUUGAUUAGAUGUUACGUUCUAAAGCUCCACUCCCCUUGUGUAUACCUGCUGGAGCGGUCAGUGUGGUGCAGAGGUUUAAUCCGACCUCCUAUAGCUGUCUCUCGGUAGAUUCAAAUGCACAAAUGCAUGCAUGCACUUACACACAAACACACACCGCGGAUACACUCUCGAGGGGGUUGAUGCUGAGACCCGCUGUAACCAGCCCCCGACCUGUAUGUCACCAUCUCAAGUCGAACCAGAUCAGGGAUCAGAGUUUGAGUGCAAACCCGCCUCAGGUUCAAACAUCGGGCAUCGUACGAUUCAAACACAACUUUGCCCUCAUUCAGCGUGCUGUUCCUUUACUGCUGCCGUCAUUUCUCAGCUGAUGCGGCAGAAGCAACCACGUUCCUCAGCCUGUAGGCAUCUUAAACGCCCAAUGAAGAUUAUCUAUAAAAAAGGGAAGUAAGGGCCCUUGCUUUCUGUGCCAUCUGGACUUAAAAAAAAAUCCUCUUUCAAAUGGGAAGAGACGUCUUCGCUGUCGUUUUCGAAGGAGGGAAACCCUUCAUCCCCAUUGGUGCUGGACGAAACACUACUUCAAGCGUCACACUUCUCCCCGGAGAGGGGGGAUCUGUUUAAACGGGUGCCUUGCCCCUCCUUGGACUGUACCAAUCAGUAGGAGGGGGGUUUCUGGCAGAUCUCCCAUCGAUGGUUUGUUUUUGCAUUAAAUGUGAUCACAGAAUGAUUCUUUUUUUUAAGAGGGUGGGGUGGGGGGGGGGGGGGGGGGUUAGUAGCCAUGGAGUUACAACAAGCAGGGUAGACAAUAAUGAAGGGGAGUUGUUGCUUGCCGUCUUCACAGAUGCCUGGACAUACGGGGAGGAUUUGCUUCCAGCUGACAGACAAAAAGCCAUAUUUACACUGACACCUCGUGAGAUUCACACAUACGGGAAAAAAAGAUUAUGAAGAUUUUCGAGUGCAGAAAGGAACAUAUUUCUGUGAUUAGUUUACAUUUUGAAUUUUAUCACUGCAGUGCCAACUUGUGGCUCUCCGAGAGAUUAGUUGUAGUGUUUUUAUCCCGUAAGAAUAGAUGGAAGAUAAGUUUCAGUCUUUCCACCAUCUGUCGUUGUGUAAAAAGUUUCAAGCGUAGGUCUCCAAGCUCUUUCGUUGAAAUUAUAAUAGCUAUAUAUACGGUAUGUAUGCCCUAUGGUGUUUGCUUGACAGAAGUAAGGGAUGUAAGGUUUCAUUUAUUUUUCCACAAUGUGUGACUGUCAGGAUCAGUGCUGCAAUUUGAUUGGAUUGUGGGCAAAUACAGAAACUUGUAAUAAAAAGAUCCGCAGCAGGUCAAAACCGUUGUAAUUGGGUAAUAUUAUGUUUUAUUCCACAAUAUUGUUGUAACUGUAGAUGUGUUUCACUCUUUCCAUCAUCUGCCACCAUACGAAUAUAUCCAUAUUUGAUAAAACAGUACUUGCAAAUGUCCCAACAAAAUGUGACCAUAUUUGUCAUUGUCUUUUUUUUUUUUCAAUCGUCAGAUUUGCGUGAUUUUUAAAUCGUGAUUAAAACUUUAAACGCACUUUUAAUAAAACCAGACCACGCUGAGGUGUCAGUGUAAUCAAGGCUCCAAGCGUCUGAAACAAAAAAACAGUGGACUAGGGGCCAUACCGACUUUUUCUUGGACCAACACCCGAUUGAUUUUCUUCUGUUCUUGUUUCUUGACGCAACUUUUUUUUGUCAACAUGUGAAAAAUGUGAAUACGCUGUCAGCGCCUGUUACCUUAUUUAAUUAUUUUUUUUGUGGAAGGAAACGCAAACUAAUGUGCGGGGAAUGGCAGCCGGGGGGGUGAAUGGACGGUCGGAAAUGCAUGAUCUCGACCCCCAUCCCCCUCCGCUCCGCCGUACUUGGCUUCGUUUUGGCUCCUCCCAUCCUCGACCCCUUCAUGUGCAUCGAUGUGAAACAUGUACAGCACUUAAUAAUGUUUUUAUUUUUUUGACCCUUUUAUCAUUCUCCACAGAUUUAUUUUUUCUCUUAGGCGUCUGAUUUAAUGGAGACAUUUCCAGUGGGAUGUAUUUAUUUGCUGAUUUAUUUAUUUCUGUAAUGGAGCGUGCAAUGUCAUCACUGUAGGCCAGUAACGCCAUGCUUUUUUUAAAUUGACUAUUAUGACUAUGAUUAUUAAAGCAUGUGUUCCUAUGGGCCUGUAUACCA